AUGGCUCGAGAAUUUGAGGCACUCGCCCUCAAUGGCCACAACUACCCUACUUGGGCCAUGGACACGAAGAUCGCUCUUGCAUCUCGUGGGAUAGUGCGUGCAAUCCAGACUGAGCAGGAUCCACUGCCCGCUGGAGUCACGCCACUAACAGAUGAACAGAAUGAGAAGGCAGUUGUCCUGCCAGAAGCACUCCAUGAUUGGACUCACCUCCGUCUUCAGGACUUCAAGUCCAUCGGAGAGUACAAUCACGAGGCUGAAAAGCAUGAUGAGCUACUCGCUAAGAAUGGCUCUCAGCGUCCGGUUGGUUCUCAACCUCUACCUGAAGUUCAUAUGAAUGUCGCGAACGGACGAAAGUUUGAUGGUGGUUUCAAAGGAAAGCCCUCGAACUUCAAUGGUAAGCAAAAGCGCAACCGGAACAGGAAGCCCAGAAGCUCAGACCGUGGGAAAGGCACCGCAAAGUCCAAGUUUGACAAAUCUAAGCUUUGCGACAAGUGUGGAUGCUACACGCACCCCACUGACAAGUGCAAGACCCCAAAGCAUCUGGCCAUUCUGUACCAGCAAUCCCAUGGACGCACCGCACCUCGAGGGAAAAGGUUUGAAGCCAACUUCAACCUUCAUCCAGAUGGCACCGAUGGAGCUGGGUGUUUGCAAGACGUUCCCUCGGGACCGAGCAACGCCGUUACUCUCCUUCCAUCAGAGGACCCUACAGGAACGGAGGACAUGAUGGUUGAGUACACCUCAACCGACGUGUUUGGAGACUUCGACUAG